AAGAUAACGUUUAUUUUUGUUUGUUUUUAAUAGCGGCUUAAAGUCAAUAAGGAUAUUGGACUCUCGGUGAGAAUGGAAUGAGGGAGUGGUAGGAGCAGGUGGUGGAACAGGAACCACUUUGGUAAAUGGCUUCUUCAGAAUUCUUGUACCCAUUCCUCAGACCUGGAAUUCCCACCAGACAAGAAUGAGAAGCUGGAAAACUGUGGACUUCCAGGGAAUCAAGUUACAAAAUUGUAGCCUUGGGAGGAGGGUUUCUCUUUGUUCUUAGCAGAGCCCAUUUCCGGAACAACUUCUCUCUGUGCCUCCGAAUCCUUAAUCCUUUCUUCGGUCAAAUCCAAGGCAAGAAACCGGGGAGGGGGGCGACUGACCGGGAGAACCUUCUGCCACUCACAUGAGUGACUUGGCUGACAAGCAACAGAACCAGGGGGCUGACUUAUGUGACGGUGUACCCAUGGGGCACUUCGACCUCAUUUCCUCCGUGCAUAUGCUAAUAAUAAUAUAUAUAUUAGUUAUCCGGCCCCUCCCCUCCCCCCCCCCCCCCUCCAUUUUUUUUUGUUGUUGUUGUUAAGUUGGGAACCUUUGCCCUAGGGGAAGGACUUGCCCCGAUUUAGGAGGCUGAAGUCUACCCUCAGAAAGUCUCCCUACUUUAGAAGGGCUGGAGCACCACCUGGUGGCAGCAACUGGGAGCACACGGACAAUGUCAGCCUUACGACCUCCCCUUUUUGGAGGCGCUCCAGAGAAUCUGUCUUUGCCCCCUUUCCCCAAAACGACUACAAGGUGGGGAUUGGACAGGAGGGACCCUUGAAAGCGCCUUUUUCUCUUUUUAGGAAAUGAAAGAAAUCUCCUAUUUUUGAUUGUCUCUGUCCCCCCCCUUUUUCUCCUAGUAGUGGGACUUGGGGCUGCAGCUUGCAGAAAUGCCAUGAUUUCCCCCCAAAGUGCCCCUGACACUGGGCACCCUCCUGUUUGCCUGAAGGAAGACUCAGGCUCUCUCACUUAAGUGGGAUCUGAUUUUCUCUUGCCUCCAAAGUUUGGGUACCAGUCCACAGAGCAGAGGGACACCAAGCCAUGAGAAAUGUUCCUCCCACUUUGUCUCCUAUAAAGAAGGGUGAGAAGUGUGGGAGGAGGGGGGAGGAGCUAGGUGUGUGGACACAGCAGUAAUUCAUUAGGUCCAGGGCUGAUAGAAAUUCACCACGACUCACAGUCAGGAGCAGGGAAAGGGUAGCGGAGCCGGGGAAGGGUGGAAGGAGCAGUACCGGAAAGGGGGGGGGGAGUUACGCUGCGAGGGGAAGAGGAAAUGGACAAGUGGUGAAAGCUGUAGAGGGGCGGGAGCGCGCGGACACAAGGAUCUUGUUUGGGGUGCUGCGCACAAUUCUAGAGGAGGGGGGGGCAGGAUCCCAAGUCAAAGUUUGUACGUGACGGAAGUAUGACUUGAACCCAGGCCCUCGCUGUUUCCGUUCUCGGCAGAGAUGCCCAGUGAGAGCUGAUGAGCUUGUUGGCGGGGGCAAGGGAUAACUGUCGGCACUAAUUCUCGUGUGAUAAGGGAGGAAACUGAGGCUGAAAGAUUAAGUGCCUUGCCGAGGGGCUCCCGGUCCCAAAAUGCCCAAGUUUUCGCUCCCACCGCCGCUGGGAGACACUCUAUUAAAGGUCCCAGCUGGAGCAUGCAUCUUUCUCUCGAGGUAGGGCUGGAACCUCUACGUGGUUUCUUCUCACCUACUGGAGACUGCAGAGGUAAGCUGCGGGGAAGUUAGGAACCGAGAUGGGGGCCGGAGGUCAAGGGUUCAGAUUCUACUUCCCGGAAGCCAAUACGAAAGGCUGGGGCGGAAGGAGAUGGAAGCAGCAGAGAGAGAUAGGACCACGAAGCAGUAGCACCUACGGGUACCGAAGCGGAGGCGUAUCGGGUCUACGGACUACACUUCCCAGAGGCCCGUGCGUGCGGAGGGACUGGAGUUCCGGGGACAGAGUAGCGCCGGAAACAAUGACUGGGGCAGUUCCGGCGGAGGCCCAGGUUCGGCCCGCCUGCCAUGGAGGAGAUUGGCAUUCUAGUGGAGAAGGCGCAGGAUGAGCUGCCGGCUCUGAACAUCUCCCGGCCCCAGACCGGCCUGUCUUUUCUGGGGCCCGAGCCCGAGGACCUGGAGGAUCUGUACAGCCGCUACAAGAAACUGCAACAGGAGCUGGAGUUCCUGGAGGUGCAGGAGGAAUACAUCAAGGACGAGCAGAAGAACCUGAAGAAGGAAUUCCUGCACGCCCAGGAGGAGGUGAAACGUAUCCAGAGCAUCCCCCUGGUCAUCGGGCAGUUCCUGGAGGCCGUGGACCAGAACACAGCCAUUGUGGGCUCCACCACCGGAUCUAAUUACUAUGUCCGGAUUCUCAGCACCAUCGACAGAGAGCUAUUGAAGCCCAAUGCCUCAGUGGCCCUCCACAAGCACAGCAAUGCCCUGGUGGAUGUCCUACCGCCAGAAGCUGAUAGCAGCAUCAUGAUGCUGACUUCAGACCAGAAGCCUGAUGUCAUGUAUGCUGAUAUUGGAGGCAUGGACAUUCAGAAGCAGGAGGUGAGGGAGGCUGUGGAACUCCCACUGACUCACUUUGAACUGUAUAAACAGAUUGGAAUUGACCCGCCCCGAGGGGUCCUCAUGUAUGGGCCCCCAGGCUGUGGAAAGACUAUGUUGGCAAAGGCUGUGGCCCAUCAUACAACAGCUGCAUUUAUCAGGGUCGUGGGUUCCGAAUUUGUGCAGAAGUAUCUAGGUGAGGGGCCUCGAAUGGUCCGGGAUGUUUUCCGCUUGGCCAAAGAGAAUGCACCUGCCAUCAUUUUCAUUGAUGAGAUUGAUGCCAUUGCCACCAAGCGAUUUGAUGCCCAAACUGGAGCUGACCGAGAGGUUCAAAGGAUCCUGCUUGAGCUUUUGAAUCAGAUGGAUGGAUUUGACCAGAAUGUCAAUGUCAAGGUGAUCAUGGCCACAAACCGGGCAGACACUCUGGAUCCUGCCUUACUCCGGCCUGGCCGGCUUGACCGUAAGAUUGAGUUUCCGUUGCCUGACCGUCGACAGAAGAGAUUAAUUUUUUCUACCAUUACCAGCAAGAUGAACCUCUCUGAGGAGGUUGAUCUGGAAGAUUAUGUUGCCCGUCCAGAUAAGAUUUCUGGAGCUGAUAUUAAUUCCAUCUGUCAGGAGGGUGGAAUGUUAGCUGUUCGUGAGAAUCGAUACAUCGUCCUGGCCAAAGAUUUUGAGAAGGCAUACAAAACAGUCAUUAAGAAGGACGAACAGGAACAUGAGUUCUACAAGUGAUUCCUGAUAAACUCCAGGGGCUUCUUCCAUGUCACCCUCCCCAGGUUUCCCUAAGUUCCUUGGGGCGAGUCUCUUUUCUCCAUGUAUGGGAUUGUUUUCUUCAAUAAAUUUAUGAGAUUGAAUCCA